GAAGCAAGUCUGUACGGCGUGACCAUGCAGUGGACCCCAGAGCAGACGCAGUGGGCAGAGCAACACUUCGACAUCACAUCCACCACGCGCUCGCCCGCCCACAAGUCACAGGCUUUCAGGGGCCAAAGGCUAUCAACCUCGUCCGCCGCGGCCUACCAGUACUCCUGGGCGAAUGAUGAUAUCUCCGCCCUGACUGCCUCAAACCUAUUAAAGAGAUACGCGGAGAGGUACUCUGCAAUUUUGGAGGUUCCCUGUGACAGGAACAUAGUGGGCUACCCUGACACUGCCGUUUCUGGGUCCACGGGACUGAUAAAUGGGCGGAAAACCGACGCGGACCCCUGGCAGGAGGGCGUGUACCCUUCUUUGGGGUGCGUCCCCGAGGUCCUCCCGAAAGGCGUGUCUGAUGUUUCGGUAAGUGUGUGUAGCUCCCCCGGUGUGGGCAGCGGUAGCCUAACCGAGCCCAGUUUCUCCUCCAGCAGCUGUGGUAGCCAGUCAGGUGCGCAGGAAUACGCCGGUACCACUUACAACGGCGCCUACCUGCAUCCGGGAGGCGGGUACAGUGCCGUACACCCGGCGCCUGCCUUGUCUUCACCGCUUCUCCAGCCCACCCCUUCCCAUGCCAGCCUGGUGCCAACCUACAGUGCCAACACCUCUCCCUCUCUUGCCCCAUACAAUUAUGCCCCAGCUGGUUACGCCCCACAGAACACCAUGACAUCAGGCUACAGUCCUCCUCCCCCCUCGUCCUAUCUUCCAACAGGCAUUGCGGCACCCACCCCUUUACCAACUACUGGAUUGGCUGGCUACUCUUACCCACCUCAAAGCCUGGCACCCAUCAUGCCUGCCACUCUGAAUGGCAGUGCCACGAGCGCCAACGCCCUAAAGAGGAAAACGUACUACAUGCCCGGCCAGGGUGAGAUGGGCCCAUAUGAAGACUUUGGAUUCAGCGGUCAGGCCAACACUGAGCCACCCUCUGCUCAUAGUCCUCUGUUCCGACCAGAGGUGGGGGAUGACAUCAGCAGCAGUCAAGGAAGCGGGUUUGACCAGUCCAUUGAUGGCAGGUCUCUAACUUUCAAACCUGUUGGUCACGGGGGUUCUCUUACACCUCCGGGUUAUGGCUCUAAGACGCCCCAUUCUGGAGAACGGCUAGCGGACUUUGGGUCUCCAACGGCGACCAUGAGUGAACGUAGCGACUGUGAGUCCAGACAGCACUUUUCAGCUACCUCAACCUCACACACUCAACCUACUGCUUCCUCACACACUCACAAAGUUUCGACCACGCACACACUUUCUAUCGAGGAGCAGUUGAAAACGGUAGACCCUCGUGUGAUUGAGCUGGUUAGCUCUGAGGUUGUCCAGCAGCUGCCUCUCCUGGACUGGAGUGCAUUGAUCGGGCUGGAUGCCCCUACAGCCGCAUUGAAGGACCAUAUCCUGUGGCCUGCCCUGCAGUCGGACCCUUUCUCUAGGCAUUCUCACUCGAACACUCUCACUGCUCCUCCGCAAGCUAUUCUCCUCUUUGGACCUAGAGGGGCAGGACAGACCCUUCUUGCACGCUGUGUAGCCAGCCAGUUGGGAGCAACUUUCUUUCACUUACGCUGCUCCUUGCUUCUGUCUGAUUGGCUGGCGGAGAGAGAGGAGAUACUUCGGGCCACGUUACUCCUGGCCCACACUCGACAGCCUUCCGUGGUCCUCCUGAGCGAGGUGGAGGUGGUCCUUGCACUGCCGCUGCACGAGGAGGCUCCCACAGUGGGGUUAAGGCAAGAACUGCUGUCAUGGUUGGACAGGCAACAGCACCAGGCCAAAGAGGGCCGAACCCUGCUGCUCUGCUCCACCAAUCAGCCGCAAGAGCUGGAGGACCAGUUGGUCCGACGCUACUUCAACCACCGAGUGUUGGUGCCACUACCGGACGCAGCUGCCCGUCUCCAGAUCAUUGGCCAAACCCUAUCGCAGAACGGCUGCUGCCUAAGCGAGGAGGAUGCGGGCCUCUUGGCGCAGAGAACUGGAGGCCUCACUGCACGGGAGCUGAGGCGCAUUUGCCAGGAAGCCGUUAGGGGCGUGGUGGGUGGUUCAGGAUUAGAACUCUCUCUUUCUGCCAUCCUUCCGGGACAAGUGAGGGCUCUGUCAUACCAGGACUUCCACAGCGUGCUGUGUGAGACUCAAGCCAAUUCGGCACAGAGAGACAUGGACUUGUUCACGGAAUGGGACCGAAUGCUGCAUUGCAGUACUUGA